AUGGAGGUUAAAGACUCCAUUGUCAGCAUUCCUGUUCAAGAUCCCCCAGAUGACGUCUUUUCUGCAGCUGACCUGACGUGGACUAAAUUUGGGUCUACCGAGCACAAUGUUGAAGAUAUCGCUCUUAUCCCUUAUGCUCGGGUGGAUGCUUUCAUUGCCGGGGAGUCCUCCAAUGCAGAGUGCCCAACUCGAUUUCACAUUGAGAGGGGAAGGAAAAGAUCUAGAGGCAGCCUGAAGGAGUGCAAGAGUGAUGACUACUUGCUUUACAGGCUGUGAGUCAUUCAGAAAACAUUUCCCCCUCUAUUGCUUUAUGACUACCUGAGCCUUCUCCUCUUGUUCUUUGCUCUAUUCUUGCUCUCCCGUAAUAUUACCAUUUAUAUCUUGAAUCUCGCUUUUUUUUGGGUAUGUCUCAGCUAUUGGUGCUCAUUUGGACCUGAGAACUACGGGGAGGGAGGGACCAUCUUGCCCAGCAGGAGGUACAGGCUGAACACGAGAAACCGAGCUGCAAGACCACAAUCUAUGCGUGGAUGCACUUGCCAUUUCGCUGUCAAGAGGCUCUACGCACGCCCAGCGGUCGCUAUGAUAAUAUAUCAUGAAAGGCGUCAUGUGAACAAGUCGGGCUUCAUAUGCCACGGCCCUCUUGACAAAGAUGCCAUCGGUCCAGGGGCCAAGAAAAUUCCAUAUGUGGGCAAUGAGCUCCAACAGCAAACCAUGUCCUUGAUAUAUCUUGGUGUUCCUGCAGAGAAUGUGCUGCAAGCACACAUUGAAGGAGUCCAGCGUUACUGUGGCCCAAAUGCCAGUGUCAAUGCAUCGCAGUAUGUCCAGAAGUUGGAGAUGAUAAUUAAAAGAUCGACCCAUGAAUUGGACCUGGAUGAUCAGGCUAGCAUUCGCAUGUGGGUCGAAAAAAACAAAAAAUCCGUAUUCUUCUACCAGGAUUCGUCCGAUACAGAUCCUUUCAUACUGGGGAUCCAGACAGAGUGGCAGCUGCAGCAAAUGGUUCGUUUUGGACAUCAGAGCCUGUUAGCAUCUGACUCGUCUUUUGGGGUAAACAAACUGAAGGUGUGUUCUUUUAUGCUCAUUUAGAGAGUCUAGUGAUUAAAUGUAUGCAUAUAUAGGCAUGGACAAUUAUAUGUAAAUUUAUGACAGUUUUCUUAGAUUGUAUUGCUUAAUAAUUUUGCAAUUUUACCUGAACCUGUUUAUAUAAAAAAAAUCUUCUCCCAAGAAAAAAACCACCCAUUUUUUACUGGACUGCUUAAUUAAACGAAGAACCGCAUUAUUGACAAUCAAUGAUGUUAAAAAAAGAAAGCCCAGAUGUUUUCUCACUGGCCCAAAUAAAACAAUUUGCAAUCGCUUGUGGAAUCGUGUGCUUUUCAGUGAUCUUUGCUGUCUAAAGCUAGAUUCAUUUUGUGGAUGUCUCAUCAAAAUCGCAGAACCCAUCUUGUAAGCGAAAUCCGAGAUUGAUAUGUAAAAAUGGGAUAACACUUGAGGUGUUUUGUUCUGGACGUUUUUAUCUUACGGCUGGUUAAUAUAUGAAACAAUGAUUUGUUAUAUUCCUUAUGCUGCAGUAUCCACUUUACACACUGCUUGCAUUCGAUUCAAGGCAGCAUGCUCUCCCAGUUGCAUGGGUCAUCACGCGGACAAUUGGCAAACAAGACGUGUCCAAAUGGAUGAAAGUGCUUGCUGAUCGGGUGCGUGCGACCGAUUCGGGUUGGAGGAUCAAUGGCUUCAUAAUCGAUGAUGCAGCCUUGGAGGUUGACCCUAUCAGGCACGUUGAAUUAUUCAUCUUUCCUUCUUAUUGACCAUUACCUGUUGCAAUGAUCUGAGGUAUCCGGAUAUUAACUCGUCUACUGGCCAGCAGGGAUGUUUUCUGCAGCCCCAUUCUUUUCUGUCUCUGGCGUAUUCGUCGAUCAUGGCAGAGGAGUGUCAUAAAGAGAUGCAGCAAUCCCGAAGUCCAAAGGGAGAUAUUUAAACGGCUUGGCAAGAUCUUGUACAGCAUCUGGAGCAAAGAAGAUUACAUUGGUGCUCUGGGGGAGUUUAUCCAAGAUUUUGUGGACCAGACAGCAUUCGUGCAGUAUUUCAAGGAGUGUUGGGUGCCCAAGCUUGGUAGGAUGCUGAACCUCUCUCUCUCUCUCUCUCGAUAUUUAUACAUAUAUUUAUAUAGAUAAAUAUGUACUAUAUGUGCAUUUCACUUUGAAAUUUCUGUCUUUCCGUCUGUUUUUUGCUCGUGCCUGUUUAUGAUUGUACCUAAAUCUACAAUGCCAGAAAUGUGGCUCGCCUCAAUGAAAGAUUUCCCCCUGGCUAGUCAAGAAGCAGGUGGCGCGGUGGAGGCAUAUCACUUGAAGCUAAAAUCGAAGCUAUAUGACGACUCCCAACUCGGCUCGCUGCAGCGGGUAGACUGGCUGGUCCACAAGCUGACGACGGAGAUCCACUCUGGCUAUUGGCUAGAUUGCUACGCCGACGAAAGCGGCUCGUUUGAAACCGUCAAGGAGGAGUACAUCUCCUCCACUUCAUGGCACCGGGCCCUGCAGAUUCCAGACGAUGCGGUGAAAUUCAUCGGCAUUAUCGGCAGGGAUCAAAACUCGGCGAAGGUCGUCAGCCAAAAGGAUCCUCGCCAAGAGCACACCGUCUGGAAUCCUGGGUCCGAGUUUGCCCUGUGCGACUGCUCCUGGGCCAUGCAGGGGAACCUCUGCAAGCACGCCAUUAAGGCCAACAUGCUCUCCGGCAAGGGCGAGGAGGAGGGUCAGUUGGCGUCGAUGUCUAGUCGGUCGUUCAGGCAGAUCUUGGAUGAUCUCUGGAGGAAGCCCGCCGACGACUCGGUGGGGCUAGAUCAGGCGAUGGCUUGGGCGGGGCAAAUUCAGGGCAAGAUCCGGAUUCUAGUGGAGCUCUGCAACUCUGCGAAUAUCGGCAGCGUGGUCAAUAAUCUGCCGUUGAAGUGGGUCACCAAGAAGGGCAGGACUUUUGUGGGUAAACCCCCGCUCAACUUCUUGGCCCUCCCACCGGGCUCGGCGAGCAAGAGCACCACCCGCAGUCCGAAGAGGAGGACCCGGAAAAGAAAGAGGCUAUCGCGACUACAGGGCAGCUAG